AUGAAAUCCAAUACAUCACCUUUAGUGGAACUCUCAGACUAUUUGAUGGACGGGUACAACAAAGGCGUGCGACCUAAGAAGAAUUGGCGAGACACAACCACAGUAUUUAUAGAGGUAGCCAUAAAUGCAAUUCUUGAGUUGGAGGAGAAAAACCAAAUUGUGAAAAGUUACAUCUUGUAUAACCAGUCAUGGGUAGAUGAUUUUCUUCAGUGGGAUCCUAUCCAGUUUGACAACAUCACACAUAUCUACCUUCCGACAGAUUCAAUAUGGACACCAGAUAUCAUGAUUGAAGAAGUUGUGGGCACCGCAGAAUCUACAGAUAUCCCUUAUACCUAUGUGAAUAGUAAAGGCAUGGUAUUCAAGAGCAAUCCCAUGCACAUAACCACUUCCUGCAGUAUGCACAUCUACUACUUCCCUUUUGAUUUUCUGAACUGUUCCCUCUCCUUCAGAAGCUGGCUUCAUUCAACUCAAGAUAUAAACAUUACUUUUUUGAGACCACCAAAGGACAUGAUACGUCUCCCAUCCGAAAAUGAAGGAGAAUGGAAUCUUGUAAGCGUGGUUCCCGGCUACCACUUACUGACUGAUCAUAACUUCCACUUUGGACAAAUAAAAUACCAUGUAAGUCUCAGGAGAAGACCUCUCUUCUACAUUGUGAAUCUGAUUCUCCCCAGCAUUCUCCUCAUGAUAAUGGAUAUUAUUGGGUUCUAUAUACCACCAGAAAGUGGAGAGAGGAUAUCGUACAAGAUCACUCUCCUUCUGGGUUACUCUGUUUUCCUCCUCAUUGUAUCUGAUACAUUACCUGCAGCCGGAGCUCCGUUAAUAGGUGUGUACUUUGCACUGUGCAUGAUUAUGCUCCUGAUAAGCCUAACAGAAAGCAUUCUCAUAGUCCGAUCAUUUCAUCAGAAGAAUCUCAGACCUGAGGUUCCCAAGUGGUUAAAAACAUUACUCCUGGAGAAGAUAACAUUUUUUAUCUCCAUAAAGGACCAACAUCAAUCUGAUGCAUCUAAUUCUGGAACUUGUUUUCAAAAUGAAAAUGUCAGCAGUGAGACACCCCCUAACUACAGUAGUGAGAAGGAAAGUGAAUGCUAUGUGCCGGCACAACUGAAGAUGGUGUAUGCAAAACACUUGGAAGUUCUAAAUCAUAUUGCGGAGGAGAUUUCUCGUAUCCGAGUUCACCUGAAAACCGUUUAUGAGCAGAAUAUCCAAAAAGACUGGCAACGUGUAGCUUAUGUUUUGGACACAUUGCUAUUUCGCGUUUAUCUUGCUAUUCUAAUCACGACGUUGAAAUAA